CAACAGGGAGCUUGGUUGCGUGGCCUUCGUGCCCCGUUGCCUUCCGCGCCCGCGGCCUGGCCCUCCCGCCCGUCUCUUAGGAGCGCCAGCUCGGGAGGCUCCGGGCUCCGCGCCAGGCCAGCAGUUUCAGCUCUUCGCUUCGUGACCCCGUCACGGGGUGGUUCUCAGCCUGCUGCGCCUUGGCUUUUCUUCUCUGCUAGACGGGGCUGUAGGAGUUCGCCUCACAGUGUGUACAAGGUGCUUAGAGCGUCGGCAAUACAAAUUAUCAUAAAGAAUGUAGCUGGUCACUACAUUUCCCCCUUUCAUGAUAUUCCUCUGAAGGUGGACUCAACAGAGGAAAAUGGCAUUCCUACAAAGAGAGCACGAAAUGAUGAAUAUGAGAAUUUGUUUAAUAUGGUUGUCGAAGUACCUCGGUGGACAAAUGCUAAGAUGGAGAUUGCCACAGAGGAGCCAUUGAAUCCCAUUAAACAAGACAUAAAGGAUGGCAAGCUACGCUAUGUGGCGAAUAUCUUUCCUCACAAGGGUUAUAUCUGGAAUUAUGGUGCCCUCCCACAGACUUGGGAAGAUCCCCAUCGAAAAGAUAAGAGUACAGACUGCUGUGGAGAUAAUGAUCCCAUCGAUGUCUGUGAAAUAGGCUCAAAGGUUCUUUCUUGUGGAGAGGUUAUUCAUGUGAAGAUCCUCGGAAUUUUGGCUCUUAUUGAUCAGGGUGAAACAGACUGGAAAAUAAUUGCUAUCAAUGUGAAUGACCCCGAAGCCUCAAAGUUUCAUGAUAUUGAUGAUGUUAAGAAAUACAAACCAGGUUACUUGGAAGCUACGCUUGACUGGUUUAGAUUGUAUAAGGUGCCAGAAGGAAAACAAGAAAACCAGUUUGCUUUUAAUGGAGAAUUCAGAAACAAGGCUUUUGCUCUUGAAGUUAUUAGAUCUACUCAUGAGUGUUGGAAAACAUUGCUUAUGAAGAAGUGUGAUGGAGGGGCUAUAAAUUGCACAAACGUGCAGGUAUGUGACAGCCCUUUCCAUUGCACUCAAGAGGAGGCAAGAUCAAUAGUUGAACUGAUCCUGCAUUGUCUACACAUUGAGGUGUCCUCCUCACCGAAUAAGGAGAGUAAAGAAGAAGACACAGAGCAAGUGUGGCACUUCCUUGACAAGUGAUUCGAACAUUUGAAGUUCUGCCAUCAAGAUUCCAAUCUCCAAGGACCCCACGACUCCCUCUCCCCCAAGUGCUAGCAACAGGCCGAUCUAUGAGAGUUUACUGACUUCCUGUUGAAACUUCUUUUUUUCCCCCUCAGUCUUUUUUGAGAUAUACAAUAUGUAAAUAAAGACUGAUAUUUUUAAAUUA